UUGUCCCGACACUCAUUUCACCAUGGGUCUCCUCAACACUUCGCUCCUGCUCGUCACCCUCUUCCUGGCCCUGCCCGCUGGGUCGCAAGCUAACACACAAUACGUUUUUAACUUCGAAAAUGACCUUGAAGGAUGGAGUUCUUCACGUGAUUCAUGGAGGUGGGGAGAUAAGUCAAGUCUGCAGGGCAACACUAUUCCAAGUGACUACUAUAAAGGCUUCGCCGUGAUGGACAAGAAAUUUACAAGUGGUGAGCUCUACUCGCCAUACUUCACCGUUCCUCAAGGCGGCAACUUCACCAUGAAAUUCUAUCUCCGCUCAGAAUACCAUUUGUCCAACACCUUCAAGGUGUACACCAAAACUAAAUACAACACAGUCAAGCAAUUCCUUGACCUUAAGGAUUACUCCAUGCCCACCACCAACAGUUGGAACACCGUGCAGAAAGAACUUCCAGCUGAAUAUGAAGACAUCAUGUUUGAGAUAUUUUGUUACAACGGCGACAAAGCCCCCGCCGGGCAGCCUCUCUGGGGCUGCGCUAUUGACAAGAUCAACUUCGAGAUCUACGGUGACGUCCCCACAGCAGUCCCCACCACACCACCGCCAACCACAGCAGAACCCACAACAGAGGCUCCCACCACAGCACCACCAACCACACCAGCCCCUACGACACCAGAACCCACCACACCAGAACCCACCACAUCAUUCCCCACCACACCAGAACCCACAACAGCAGAACCUACAACACCAGAACCCUCCACAGCAUUCCCCACCACAGCAUUCCCAACCACAGUAGAACCCACCACAGCAUUCCCCACCACAGCAUUCCCAACCACACCAGAACCCACCACAGCAUUCCCCACCACAGCAAAACCCACCACAGCAUUCCCCACUACAGCAUUCCCAACCACAGCAGAACCCACCACAGCAUUCCCCACCACAGCAUUCCCAACCACAGCAGAACCCACCACAGCAUUCCCAACAGCAUUCCCAACCACAGCAGAACCCACCACAGCAUUCCCAACUACAGCAUUCCCCACCACAGCAUUCCCAACCACAGCAUUCCCCACCACAGCAGAACCCACCACAGCAUUCUCAACUACAGCAGAACCCACCACAGCAUUCCCAACCACAGCAGAACCCACCACAGCAUUCCCAACUACAGCAUUUCCCACCACAGAAUUCCCAACCACAGCAGAACCCACCACAGCAGAACCCACCACAGCAUUCCCAACCACAGCAUUCCCCACCACAACAGAACCCACCACAGCAGAACCCACCACAGCGUUCCCAACCACAGCAUUCCCCACCACAGCAUUCCCAACUACAGCAUUUCCCACCACAGCACCUUCCAGCACAGCACCUCCCACCACAGUAUUCCCAACUACAGCAUUCCCCACCACAGCACCUCCCACCACAGCAUACCCAACCACAGCAGAACCCACGACAGCACCUCCCACAACAGCAUUCCCCACAACAGCAUUCCCAACCACAGCAAACCCCACCACAGCAGAACCCACCACAGCACCCCCUACCACACCACCCCCAACCACUGCACCUCCCACCACAGCAGAACCCACCACAGCAAACCCCACCACAGAAGAACCCACCACAGCACCCCAACCACACCACCCCAACAACUGCACCUCCCACCACAGCAGAACCCACCACAGCAUUCCCAACCACAGCAAACCCUACCACAGCAAACCCCACCACAGCAGAACCCACCACAGCACCCCCUACCACACCACCCCAACCACUGCACCUCCCACCACAGCAGAACCCACCACAGCAAACCCCACCACAGAAGAACCCACCACAGCACCCCCAACCACACCACCCCCAACCACUGCACCUCCCACCACAGCAGAACCCACCACAGCAUUCCCAACCACAGCAAACCCUACCACAGCAAACCCCACCACAGCAGAACCCACCACAGCACCCCCUACCACACCACCCCCAACCACUGCACCUCCCACCACAGCAGAACCCACCACAGCAUUCCCAACCACAGCAAACCCCACCACAGCAGAACCCACCACAGCACCCCCAACCACUGCACCUCCCACCACAGCACCUCCCACCACAGCAGCCCCCGGUGGACCCAUAACCUUCAGCUUCGAGUCUGGGAUGGAGGGUUGGUCACUGGUACACAUGAACGAGGGCGCCUUCAGGAGGGUGCACUUCGAGGACGCUACACACAGGGUCGGUCCUCCCCCAGACGGUCCACACGUGCUGCAGUUGUUUGCCGACAAUGUGCAGGCAGGCACGGUGGUAGCGAAGAGUCCUCGGCUGCGGGCUAUCAAGGAUGAAAUGAUGAUCGUGAUAAGAUUCUGGAUGGACGGAUCGCAAGCCUUCCCCGCACAGCUCAAACUCCGCCGCCAGUUCAGCUAUGACAACUUCGAAGACGCGCCUGUUGUAAACCUCGAUGCCUUCGGAGACCAGAUCAACACUAUAUGGUUCAAGUACACCAAAUAUAAGAAGCUGGAAGAGGGCGAGACCUUCUACCUCUUCAUGGAGGCUUCUCUCGGAGGUGACGUAAAGAACUCCGUGGCUGUUAGCAGCAUUCAGUUGGACGGCGUUCAGGUCAUCGAGGAGAACGAGUCGACGCUCUUCGACUUCGAGGGUGGACUGACAGGAUGGACAGCAGGGAUGAAGGAUGGAGGUAUCUGGGAGCUGACCACGUGGGAUAAGCUGGAUCCUUCCCUCAAUGUUCCCAAGCCAGUAGUGGGAGAGAAGUUCCUGAUCGCAUCACGCUCCAGCAUCUACUCUGGCACGAUCACCUUGGAGUCCCCAUCAUAAGUGAGCCAAGGCACCAGUCAGCUUCUGGAGUUCCAAUUCUACCUGCGCGGUACCGUCACCUACCCAGUGGUGCUCCGCAUUCGUAAGAAGACCCCAGACGGCACCUACGACGCCCUUCCAUUCAUCGACCUGAGGAAGUACGGCAACGUGGACUACCAGCAGUGGAUGAGAAUUGAGCACGAGGUUGAGAUUCCAGUUAACCCAGAAGACACCCAGUACCAGCUCGUGUUGGAGGUGGACUUGGGGACUCACUUGGACAACGUGGUGGCCCUAGACGACAUUCAAGUGACCCAGAUAAGACGCAGAUAAAGAUUCCCCGUCCCGCCCCGCCAGGUGAUGCGUGCAGACCAAAGGCAAGGACACGCAGCUAUCUCUUCUGUUACUCCUGUUUCUGGUUUUCUUUCGCAGAUGAUGGCCGUAACAUACCAAGAGUGAGGAAGUUGAGCUCUCGUGUCCUGUUAUCAAUGCUUGUUUCUUUUGUAUAUGAUCUGUUAUAAAACGAAAAAAUCAAUGUUCACUUUUUUUUUUUUUUUACUCGAUGUU